UCUAGUCUAACUUCGAUAUAAUAGGUUAUCUUGUUGGGUGAGAUACCAUAAAAUCGACUCACUUUCAGUUGCGCGCACAGUGGUCAGAACUGAUCUGAAGUUAGUUGUUCGGUGAAGUAGGCGACUUGAUUUCUGCUAUGACUAACUUUGAUCACAAGCAAUAAAUAGCCUACAACUCGUGGUCGCUGACAGUCUAUGGAAAAUGUACGUAUACAAUGCGGUAUGAGUGAAGCGAAGUAGGCUACUAGACUACAAGAACAAGCAUUCAUGGCUGCCGAUGAGUCAACAGUGAUUGUAACUUUAACUGAAGUCCAAGGUCGCUUCUAGGCUACAAAUGGGUUCCAUGUUUGAUCUGAGCGCUGCUGUAAGACUCUAUUUGCUGUCUUGUUUCGUUGUAUCUGUGGACAUCACUUUAGGCUUGGGACAAAGCCAAGAUACUGAAUUCACGUUUCAACUCCCUGCGGGUAGAACAGAAUGUUUCUACCAAACAGCUACGAAGAACGGAAGCCUGGAAGUAGAAUACCAGGUGAUUGCAGGUGCAGGCCUGGAUGUGGGCUUCACCCUGAUCUCCCCCAGCGGAUACAAGCUGGCCUCUGAGUUCAGGACAUCUGACGGCAUCCACACGGUGGAGCCUACAGAGGACGGAGACUACCGGCUGUGUUUUGACAACAGCUUCAGUAAGCUUUCUGAGAAGAUGGUGUUCUUCGAGGUGAUUGUUGAGGGCCAGCCUGGGGACGCCUGGGGCGACGAAGAGUGGGCUGACAUGGCCGAGCCAGAGAGCAUGGUGGAGUACAAACUGGAAGACAUCAGGGAGACCAUGGACUCAGUGCACAGGCACCUGGAGCGGAGCCGCCAGCUUCAGACCAUGCUGAGGGCCUUCGAGGCCCGGGACCGCUACCUACUGGAGGACAACCUGUGGAGGGUCUCCUUCUGGUCCUCCAUGAGCCUCCUGGUCAUCCUGACCGUGGCCGUCACACAGGUCUACACCCUCCGACGCCUCUUCGACGACAAGAGGGUCUGCAAACCCUAGUGUCCAGUGGUAUCUUCCACCACCCCCACACUCUUCCCAGUGGUAUCUUCCACAAUCCCCAUACCAUUCUCAGUGGUAUCUUCCAGCAGACUCACACCCUUCCCAGUGGUACCUUCCACCACCCCCACAUCAUGCCCAGUGAUAUCUUCCAGCAGACCCACACACGGCCCAAUGGUAUCUUCCACCACCCCCACACCCUUCCCAGUGGUAUCUUCCACCACCCCCACACCCUUCCCGGUGGUAUCUUCCACCACCCCCACAUCCUUCCCAGUGGUAUCUUCCACCACCCCCACACCCUUCCCGGUGGUAUCUUCCACCACCCCCUUCCCAGUGGUAUCUUCCGCAAAGAUGCCAUAGAAGGGUGUUGGGACUAACAGGAACCUACUGUAAAGUAAUGGUCUCAGAGAUUGAAGAAGAGAGAUAGACUAUUGACAACAGUGAUGUGUGGUAAAUGAGGGACUGUUAGUAAGGAUUUAGUGAUGUUUGUGUGUGAUGAGCUUGAUUCAGCUUUUGAGUGGCAGAAAAGUGCAUGUUUGUAUGUGAGUCAUAAACACUGUAUAAUGAUGUUUUGACAAUUUAGUGUCAAUCUAUCAAACAAGAUAUCAAUGCAAUAGAUCAUGUGGUUGUAUGUUUUUAACAUGGGAUCUUAAGAGUGACUUUACAAAUAUAAUUUAUUUAAUGACAUGGUUAUAACACAACUACAACAAAAUAAACACACAAAAAAAACAUUAUACUGUGAAAUAAAUUAAUUCUGGAGAAAGAGUAGCCUUGUAAAGCUCUGAUCCCGCAAGCUUACAUUCAAAGCUGCAGUGGUUAUCAGUCUGGUAAUUACGAGGCAAGAGAAAGAAGUCUUACAUGCAACAAUGACUGUUCUCAUGGGAUGGUUUUAUUGAAUUACAGAUAUUUCAUUUUUAUUGUAAUGUAUAGUGUUUGACAGAGAUCUGGUGAGACAAAGCCAAAGAGUUGAGACAUUCAAAAAUUAUUCCUGCCAGGAGAAUGUUGCAAAGUCAACCACAAGCAUAGUUGUUAUAUACACCUCCAACACCACAAAACAAGAUACAAUCAUUCAUUUGAAAAAAAGAUUGUAUUUAUAAAAUCUUAAUGAUCCAUUCCUUUCAAUUACAGGUACAGUAGUGCAAGUUUGAGUGUCAAAAGUGUGCAGCGAAAGAAAAUAAGGCAAUCUUAUUGGCUACCAUAAAACAGCACUGGAUUAAAGGCAUAUCGCAAAGUUCUGCAGUUGACAUCAGUUGGAACUAUUAUUGACACUGUACUACAUUAUAAUCACAUUACCGGUAUUUGCCCUUCUUCAUACAAUUACCCUUACUACAGUAUAAAUAAACUGUAUAAUAAUAACAUACAGCAUAUAGAAGAGGCUUUUAUUCAAAGUGAUUUACAGUCAUCCGUGCAUACAUUUCACGUAUAAGUGGUCCCA